AUGGCCAAUGCCUGGUUGAGCGGCGCCACUGUGUCCCUCUCAGAGACAGUGCAGAAGUGGCGGGAAUACCGACGCCAGUGCCAGCGCUUCCUGACCAAGGCUCCACCUCCAGCCACAGUGCUGCAGGGCCACGUGUACCGCUUCUGCACCACUGAAGGCCUCUGGCUGCACAAGGACAACUCCAGCCUGCCCUGGAGGGACCUGUCGGAGUGCGAGGAGUCCAAGCGAGAGGAGAGAAGCUCCCCGGGGGAGCAGCUCCUGUCCCUUUACGUCGUCUACACGGUGGGCUACGCACUCUCCUUCUCCACUCUGGUCAUCGCCUCAGCCAUUCUCCUCGGCUUCAGACACCUGCACUGCACCCGGAACUACAUCCACCUGAACUUGUUUGCAUCCUUCAUCCUGCGAGCACUGUCCGUCUUCAUCAAAGAUGCGGCCCUCAAGUGGAUGUACAGCACGGCCGCCCAGCAGCACCAGUGGGACGGGCUUCUCUCCUACCAG